AUGGCUGGUGCAAAUAACGUGACUGAGUUAAUUCUCACGGGCCUUUUCCAGGAUCCAGAGGUUCAGAGAGUGUGCUUCGUGGUGUUUCUUCCUGUGUACCUGGCCACGGUGGUGGGCAACGGCCUCAUCAUGGUGACGGUCAGUGCCAGCAAGAGCCUGCGGUCCCCCAUGUACUUCUUCCUUAGCUACCUGUCCCUGGUGGAGAUCAGUUACUCUUCCACCGUGGUCCCUAAAUUUAUCGCCGACUUACUCACCAAGAUAAAAACCAUCUCCUUGGAAGGCUGCCUGGCUCAGAUCUUCUUCUUCCACUUCCUUGGGGUCACUGAGAUCUUUUUGCUUGUGGUGAUGGCUUACGACCGCUAUGUGGCCAUCUGCAAACCUCUCCAUUACAUGACCAUCAUGAGCCGUCGACUGUGUCACGCACUAGUGGCUAGUUCCUGGCUGGGAGGUUUUUUACACUCCAUAAUUCAGAUUCUUAUCACCAUUCAGUUGCCUUUCUGUGGCCCCAAUGUAAUUGACCACUACUUUUGUGACCUCCAGCCAUUAUUCAAGCUUGCUUGUACUGAUACUUUCGUGGAGGGGGUGAGCGUGCUGGCCAUCAGUGGCUUAAUCACCUUAUGCUCCUUCCUCAUCUUGGUGUCCUCCUAUAUCGUCAUCCUGGUGCACCUAAGGAACCAUUCUGCAGAAGGAAGGCGCAAAGCCCUUUCUACCUGUGCCUCUCAUAUCACAGUGGUCCUCUUGUUCUUCGGACCUGCCAUCUUCCUCUACAUGAGACCCUCUUCCACCUUCACUGCAGAUAAACUGGUGGCUGUGUUCUACACAGUUGUCACUCCCAUGCUGAACCCCGUUAUCUACACCCUCAGAAAUAAAGAGGUGAAAGUGGCCAUGAGGAGGUUGUGGGGCAAUAAGAAGAACUCAGGGGUGGAUUGA